CAGCGCGCGUGGCUGGGUGUGUGCGACGGUUUUUUUUUGCUGCUGACGCGAUGCUGUAGCCAUGGACAGCAGGAUAAACGAGAAUCCUGCGAGAACAAUUGAUUUGGUACUUCAGGUCGCAUGUCCAUCGUCUGAAAAUGAAGAUCCGACAGUGCUGUGGAAGUUCCCUCAGGACUUUGGAGACCAGGAGGUCCUGCAGACAGUGCCUAAGUUCUGCUUCCCAUUUGACAUGGAAAGAGUGUCUCAGACUCAGGUGGGCCAGAACUUCACAUUUGUACUCACAGACAUUGAGAGCAAGCAGAGGUUUGGUUUCUGCAGGCUGACCUCCGGCUGCAGGAUCUGCAUCUGCUUACUCAGCUAUCUCCCAUGGUUCGAGAUUUACUAUAAGCUGCUGAAUACUCUUGCAGACUACUUAUCAAAAAAACAGGAAGAUAACUUGAAUGACAUGUUGGAAACGCUGCACAACCACCCUGUGCCAAAGCCGAAUACACCAGUCAAUCUGAGUGUGCAUUCAUACUUCAUAGCUCCUGAUAUAAAUGGUAUCCCCACCAUACCUGAAAGUAGAAAUUUAACUGAGUACUUUGUAGCAGUGGAUGUGAACAACAUGUUGCACCUCUAUGCCAGCAUGCUUCAUGAGCGACGCAUCAUCAUUACCUCAAGCAAGCUUAGCACUUUAACUGCAUGCGUGCAGGGGUCCAGCGCCAUGCUCUAUCCCAUGCACUGGCAGCACAUCUUCAUCCCUGUUCUUCCUCCUCAUCUGCUGGACUACUGCUGUGCGCCCAUGCCAUAUCUGGUUGGAGUUCAUCUCAGCCUGUUAGAGAGAGUAAAGAGCAGAUCUCUGGAUGAUGUGGUCAUUCUGAAUGUGGACACAAACACUCUGGAAAGCCCCACAGAUGACCUGCACAACCUGCCCAGUGAUGUGGUCUCUAGUCUGAAGAGUAAGCUGAAAAAGCAGUCCACUGCUACAGGCAGUGGUGUGGCUCGGGCCUUUCUUCAUGCUCAGGCUGCUCUGUUCGGCUCCUAUCGGGAUGCUCUGAGAUAUAAACCUGGAGAGCCAAUCAGCUUCUGUGAGAAGAGCUUUGUGGCACACCGUUCCAGCACCAUGAGAAGUUUCCUUGAGAUGGCCGUGAACCUGCAGCUUUUUAAGCAGUUCAUUGAAGGCAGACUGGCCAAAUUAAACGCAGGAAGGGGCUUUACAGACGUCUAUGAGGAGGAGAUCACAGAGGGGGGCUUCUGUAGAAGUAAUUCAAGGUCUUAUCAACAGUGGAUUCACACCAAGAUGCGGCAGAGGGCAAAACCAGUCGUGAAAAACCUUCAGAUGGCCAAAUAUCAUGCAAAACGGAAGAUACGUGGCAUGAAGGACAAGAUCUCACACAAGGAUGCAGAUGAAGAGGAAAGCCCGUACUGUGCAGGCUCUCCCACUAGCACUAAGAGCGACUCACCUAGGAGGCUUCAGAAGAAAGCGCAUCAUUAUUUAAAAACGCCGCCAAAAAUGAGCCUCAGCUUUCCAGAAAAUUACAAUGACAACAAUGAUGACACAGCCAGCAGAUUAUCCUCUGAGGACAGCGGGGAGGUGCCAUCAUACACGGAGGACAGUGAUGACUCUGAAUUUGAGUCUGAAGUGGGUCAGACGAUGCAGAUUAAUCUGCUAGAGGAGAUUCUGGACUCCCUCAGCACGUCCCACAUAGAGCAGGGUAGACUCUCCGCAGCCAAGAGCCUGGACUUCUUCAGAUCUAUCGAUGACCUUGACUUCAAACCCAUGAAAAAGUCCCCAUUGGGAAAUAGUUCUGCUCUGGCUGGUUAUGAAGUGAGAAAUGGAAAACCGGCCGAAUGGAAUAUGGGUCAAGACGACAGCGCCAUCUACAGUAAGCAUCUCUCACCUUCACCGCGACGCAUAGCCAGCUCCCGUUCCCUUCCGAUCCGUCCUCCUCUUCAGAACAACCUACCGAAUGAGGAGUUCAAAGAGCAUCCUCUAAGGAACUCUCUCCCGGAGGUACCCAAAAUUCAGAUCUUUCUACCUUGUGACGUGGACGAAUCCACCAGUUCUCCCACUCUCAACGAGUCCACGUUUAAUGCCCAGUUGAGCCCUGACAGCCAGCAUUCAGCAGCCAGCAAUCUGUCCCUGAGGAGGGUCCUUUCAACAAAGACCCCAAGGCAGUACCAGGACCAAACCCAGCAUAGGGCAGCAGGCCAGAACAGCGGGCAUCCCUUUGUUCUUGUACCUUGGGAGAAGGAAAGCAAGCUCCAGGAGGCAGAUUCGGAGGUGAGAACUGAGGAGAUAGGCUUGCUAGAGGAGAUUGAGUCAAUGUGUCGUAUGAGUAUAGCCUUAAACAGUAGCCUGGAACUCACGCAGAUUCACAACAAUGCCAGCCUGGACAAAUCUUGAUAAUGAGACAACACUCCCAUGUAACCUCUUGUUUCUUAUUUGCGCUCUACUCCGGCUUCACACCUGCACUCUAUUUGCAUGAAGUAUGAGGUACAAUUUAAAAGUUUUUCGUAGUUAUUGGUCCUCUUAUUUCUUACAUUUGAUCUGAAAGUAUACUUUUUCUUUCAAAACUGAUUCAUGUAAUGGAGAAAGAUCAGUCCGGUAAAACUAGAGUGGUAAAAAGGGAUUUAUAACAACAUUCACAAAUCAGUUUUAUUUAUUGUAGCUGUAUGCCAAUGUGAAAGUUCAAUGCAGAUGAUAUGAACUUAAACAUGGAUAGUUUCAAAUCACUGUAAAUCGGCAAAGAUAAAUCCCUGUGGAUAAGGGGCAGUCUCUCUCUCUCUCUCUCUCUCUCUCUCUCUCUCUCUCUAUCUAUCUAUAUAUAUAUAUAUAUUACUAAAUUGUACGAAGUGUAUUUAAAUAGUGAGUGAAUUUCAGCUUAAUAUGAUGCCUUAAAGUUUUAAUUUGCUUCUUUAUAGUAUUUUCAGACUGUGAUUGUAGGUGUGUAGCUUGCUACUGCUAUCACUAAACUUUUGCAUGUAAUAUGUCUCAAAAAUAGAUAUUUAUGUAGGCCACACAGAGCUCUGGUUCUUCAUUUCCACUAUGGCUUAUGAAUCAAUUUGCUAUAUUUUUGAAAAGUGGUAUUUUUUCAAGACAACUCUCAGGUUUCUACUUUUAUCCAAAAUAAAGAUGUUAGUAUUUUACUCACAGCUGAGCCUGGCCCUUGUGGCAGAUGUAACAAGAGACUUAAUUCAAUCCCAAUUACUUACUUUCAACUGUCGUGUUUUAAGUCAUUAAGCCUUAAAAAGUAUGGCCAUAGUAUAUUGAUAUGUUUUUAGAUUGCCAGUUAAGAACAUUAAUUUCUUGGGUGCCCAAGAGGAACGCCUGUUACCCGCAGAUAAAUAAAUACAUUUUAAACCCUUUAUUAACCUUAUAACCAAGUACUACGUUCAGUGGGCCAAAACAAAGUACCUGAAUGAAAACACUUCUAGCUAUGCAAGAUCGAUUUCAUGCGUUGUUGUGUUCUAAAAUGUGUAAGAAUGCAAUUGGUAAUCGCAAUCAUGUUUAUAGCUAUCUGCCUCAAUAAUAACAUCCAAUUUAAUGGCAGACAUUUGAAGGUAACACGAUCAGCCACUUGAGUAUGAGGUUUACUAUGCCACGGUACCAAUUGAAUGUACAUGAAGUAUGUAUAACGAGACCAUGCGUUUGCCAUACAUUAGCAAAGCAUUCGUUUCUUUGGUCUUAAUUGGCAAAACACAAUCCACCUUUCUUUUGUGUCAAGCUUGCAGUGUUACAGAUCCUCUAUUUCACUAAUUUUUCUCAUGUUUGCUAAGGCCAUCACUUUCAAAGCUGUAUUGGUGCGCCAAGCAGGAAGUGGUCAUUAGAUCCAGCACUUGUUGCCUUAGUGGCUGGGAAGUGUUUAGGCAAGUGUUCUGAUUUAGGACAUGCACCAUUCUGUCAGACACUUUUAAUGACUCACCUCACCCCUGCUGUGCAAUCUAUUGUGGUAACGAUGAGGUCAUAAAAGCGUUUGGUGUUUUUAGGACCUGUGUCUCAAAUCUGCACCUCCAUUCCAAUCAAUCUCAUAAGACCCACGUGGCUUAUUUCCUGUCCCUUAAUGAUAACAAGCUUGUUCUCAGUUUGUUGUAUUAGUUCUGAAAAUACAGUAUAUUCUGUAUGUUUCAGUCUUUAAAUAAAUUAUAGAGGGCCUAAAGUUGCACUCUGAACUAUGCAAAUUCGAAUCAGUGUUACCAAUCAACUGAUAUUUCCAAUCAAGUGUUUAUUUAGUGGUACAUUCCAGUCAUCUUUUAAAUACAAUUUUAAAUAGUGUUAAUAAACAGUUGCAGUUUCACAAUUUACACUCAUGCAUUGUGAAGAACAUACAAAUGAUGACAUGGAACUUCCACCAGUGAUGGUGGAUAUAUCACUGAUGGACGUUUUUCUUUCUUUAAAAUGCAUAUGGAUGUAUAAAGCAUUCACCAUUUUUUCACAGGUUUUCUACCAUUUUAAAUCACCUUUUAGUACUUCACUGAAAUACUCCUUUUUGAGGUCAUAAAAACGGCAAGCAUGAUAAUCAUUCAAGUAUAAAAGUUCUUGUACGAACAUUGUCUAUAUUUCCUCAGAACUCUCAGGACUGAGUUUCAAACUUCUUUUAACUUGGCACAGCGACUUAAUAAUGGUAUGUUUAUGACGCUACGCAACCAAAGUAUGUCUGACGCAUGUGUACAUGGAUGCGUCUUUAAAUAAAUCUCGGACUGAUUGACGAAUUCGAAUGCAAAAUUAAUUGCUGUGAACUGAAUGCCAUUGGUUGGCUUAUGUUCAAUAAUAUGAAAAUAAACAAUAUUUUGGAUUCUAAAGCCACUUUUUGUAAUGUCUCAUCAAUGUUUUACUCAUCUGCCACAAUAAUGCAAUGCAUUAUAAUAAUCGUAAUUAUUAUUUUUUAUAAUAUAUAUAUAUAUAUUAUAAAAUAUAUAUACUUACGCAAUGUUCAGUGGGGGUCUCUGUGGGGGUCAUGACAUCUGUUGCAGGGCUCCCUGUUCUACUAUUCUAAUCUAUUCUAUUUGCAAAAGGAAUGUUUGGGAAUUUAAAAUGUUCCAGAUUUCCUAUUGACACACUAAAGCUAAAGAGAUAAAUAACCAUAAGACAAAUGCUUUUGUGAAACAUCUUAAGAAUUUUGCAUAGUACUGUAACCGUAUUUAUAAUUAUUUGUGGGGCUUUCUCUGCAAAUAUGUAUAUAUAUAUAUAUAUAUAUAUAUAUGAUUUAAUUGCAUUUAAUUUGAUGAAUAAAUCAGAAUACCGUUCUAAAAAUUUUACAUUUUAAUUUGGAUAUAUAUAAAUAUCGCAGGUGAUUUUGCCACUGAAAUUUGAAAUCACUAACAGGAUUGUGGGUACUGUAGUGGCAUUAGAUUUCCAACAUUAUUUGCUUGAUUGUACAACCAUGACAUGUCAUUCACAUUUAGCUUAAUAAAUUAUUAUAUUCAAAUAAUAAUUUGAAGCACAGAAGCUUGAAGGGUUUACUUGGUAGAACAACCUGUUUAUAGAUAUGGUUAAUAUUAAAUACCUCUUUCAAACAAUAAAGCACACAGGAUCUCAAACAAAGCAUUUGAAGCUACUUUAGAGUGGCCGUGUGAACAGAUAUUCGUAAACUCUCAUUGCGUUACUGAUGUAUUUAAAUUGUUACUAUUGCCAUCCAUGUCCUCAAGUGUGCUCUGUAUUUUAUGUCUUGGGUAAGGACUGGAAAAAAAAAAUCCACACUUGCCUUGCAAAGGUCAUUUGAUAACUCCUUUACUUACAUAUAAUGCCCUGUAAUGACCUUUUUCUUUAUUCAAUAUUAAAAGAAAUUAAAAUAAUUUGAUCAGGUUUAAGUAUUAGGCCUAUUUAGAUUAUUCAAAUCCAGUCACAAUUCAUAUUGUAUGACAUAAACUACCAAGUGUUUCUUAAAUGUAGUAUAACACUACUUAAAACUUGGUAGCUAUCUUACAAAUGAUUCACAGUAGAAUAAAAAUGAUCAAGUAUUUUGCACACUGUUAAGGAACCAUUUUUUUUUAAGUGCUUGUCUUAAUCCUUUUUUUCUUCUUCAGUUUACAUAUACAUACUUAUUCAUGUGCAAUUUGUUUUGUAAUGUUCUGUAAUUAUUUUUGUGAUGCUGUGAAUUCUUUAAAAAAUGCAUGAGCGCACCUCUUAAAGUCAACAAAGGAACAAAUAUGAUGUCAACUUUAUGACCAUGGUACUUAUUUACAGGUUUUUUUAAUGUAUAGUAAUGUAACUUUGUUUCAAAGUGAUUUGUUUUGCCAUCAAAUGAUUCUGUAAAAGGCCUGCUGUAGUUACAUCACUGGACUUUCUGAUUUUGUUCAUGCUUCAUUUUCUUGAAUGUUUCCUGAUAUGUACGUAUUGAAACAGUGAAGUCACCAUGUGAUCCAGUUUAGUAUGUGAUAAUUGAAGUGUAGCCUGUACUUGACUGACUUUGAGUGGUAAAAUCCAGAUGCUGUCGCAUGAUCUCAGUACAGUUGUAGUUUUCAAGGAUGAAAUAGGUCAAUCCGAUGAGUUAUUGUUACAGGAACUACUGGUACCACUAUAUGCACUGUGAACUGAAAUAAAUGAUAUAUCGAUAUUGCUU